GGAGCAUUCCGUAGUCGUCACUCGGUGCAGUACUAUCAAUGUUUCUAUUAGUGAACGCCAUUAUGGCACCCCGUUAUCAGUAGCAGCACUGCGGGGCACGGAUCCGCACUUUGACAGCUGAUGAUGUUUACGAGCGGUUCCCAGACGUCGUCGUUGUCGUUUGUCGUUGCUGGUGGUUCAUUCAGCACGGUUUGUGGAUCAGUUACGAGUGAUUGCUGGACAAAAUGUGUCGCCCAAUCGGAUGGAUAGUGCUAUUCUUUAGCUUUCACUGCUGUUUCGGAGGUUCUUUGCGAUUUCCUUACGGGGACACCAACUUUAGCUUGAAUGUUUACAAGGCUGCCUUCGAUCCGGAGAAGAAUAUUAUUGUCGCACCGUUUGUGUUGCGCAACAGCAUUGCGAUGCUGUAUGCGAUUGCGACAGGAGAGACGCGUGAACGCCUACGCGAGGUCUUUGCGCUGCCGGAAAAUUUCACCGAGUUUUUGAUCAACCAAAAAGAGCUACAUUUCAUGCUAGGUGGUGAAGGAGGCGACGGAUUUAGGAUGAGAAAUCGCAUUAUUCUGAAUGGCUUCCGGGAAGUCGAUAUACAUAUGCGAGAUGUGAUGGAUGAUUUGGAUACGACCAUUGUUUACUUCGACUUCGGCCAACGGGAGGGCGUGGUGAGGCGGGUGAACCAUUUCGUGAAUUUCAACACUAACAGGGUUGUUACCGGUAUGGUGGAUUUAGAGCGAAUUCCGAAGGGCAUGCAGCUGGUACAGAUUUGUGCUGCUUCCUUCAAGCCUCCGUUCGCGAGUGCGUUCGAUCCGAAUGAUACAAGCCCUCGGGAGUUUUGGAGUGGUCUGAUUGAAAAGUUGUACUCAACUAUGACUAUGUUUAAGCGUGGUGAAUUUCGAUUUUCUCGUAUUCCGGAGUUGGAGAUCGAGGUGUUGGAGUUACCGUUCGUCAAAUCUAGCGAUGCCGUGAUGUGGAUAAUGCUGCCCGACAGGGACGCAUCGUUGGAAGCCAUCAUGAAGCAACUCGAGCCGGGACAUUUUGACGCAAUACAAGCGCACUUCUCGAUGAAGAGAGCAGAGAUUACCGUUCCACUGUUUACCAUCGAAUCCGUUUUCAAUGCGACAUAUUUCUUGCGUCAAACCAUGGGGCUUGAUUUACUAUUUAAAAAUCACGAUUUACGGGUGUUCGAGGAUCUGGACUCGUCCCUGGAUACUGUGCUGCAUCGGGCCGGGAUGAGGUUUUACGAGAAAACGGCCGAUGCCGGGGGUGCUACUGUGGUGCGGAGUUUCCGUAAAAGAAGUUCAGCCUACCAGUACGUGGUGGCUCGAUCAUAUCUUUUUGUGAUAGUGAAAAAAACCAACAAGCAAAUCCUGUUCAUGGGUCAUUUACAUAAGCCGGAUAACUUAGUGGAAGUUUAAAAUAGAUAAAGCAGGACUAACUUAGUGUAAGUUCAAAACAGAUAAAGAAAUUGGCUCCAUACUCCUUUUCAAUUUCGAGUUCGAAAUAAAGUAAUUCGAACACUUGGCCAGCAGAUCAAACGUGUUUUUUGUUUCUGUGAUCAUCGCGUCGCGAUGGAGUUUUUGAGGGAUUUCAUUCCAGUUCGUCCAGCCGUUAGGGGCACUCUAGAGCGAGAUUUUGUGACAUCGGUAACUUAAGGAGAUUUGUAUAUUUGAACAUACAGGAAAAAAUUGGAGUUAUUUUUGAAAAGGGUUUAA